AUGGAGGAAGAGAAGUCGUUCUCGGCGUGGUCGUGGUCCGUUGACCAAUGCCUGAAAGUGUACAAGACAACACUAGACAAGGGCUUAACCAGCGAAGACGUCCAAAUCCGCCGUCAAAAGCACGGUUACAACGAGCUCGCGAAGGAGAAAGGCAAACCUUUAUGGCAUCUCGUACUGGAGCAAUUCGACGACACGCUCGUGAAGAUCCUCCUCGGCGCAGCGUUUAUCUCUUUCGUUUUAGCGUUUUUAGGCGAAAGCGAAGAAAACGGCUCAGGUUCAGGGUUCGAGGCCUUUGUAGAGCCGUUUGUGAUAGUUUUAAUCCUGAUUUUGAACGCCGUCGUUGGUGUGUGGCAAGAGAGCAACGCAGAGAAAGCUCUCGAGGCUCUUAAAGAGAUGCAAUGCGAAUCAGCAAAGGUCUUAAGAGACGGAGCUCUGUUGCCGAAUUUGCCUGCGAGAGAGCUUGUUCCUGGAGACAUAGUGGAGCUACACGUAGGAGAUAAAGUCCCUGCGGACAUGAGAGUCUCCGGUUUAAAAACAUCGACUUUGAGAGUCGAGCAGAGCUCGUUAACCGGUGAAGCAAUGCCGGUUCUGAAAGGAGCUAAUCUAGUGGUUCCUGAUGAUUGCGAGUUGCAAGGCAAAGAGAAUAUGGUUUUCGCGGGAACAACGGUUGUUAACGGAAGCUGCGUUUGCGUCGUGACGAGCAUCGGUAUGGAUACAGAGAUCGGGAAGAUCCAGAGACAGAUUCACGAGGCGUCGCUUGAAGAGAGCGAGACUCCGUUGAAGAAGAAGCUUGACGAGUUUGGAAAUAGAUUGACUACAGCGAUCUGCAUCGUCUGUGUUCUUGUGUGGAUGAUCAACUACAAGAACUUCGUUUCUUGGGACGUUGUGGAUGGUUACAAGCCUGUGAACAUCAGGUUCUCGUUCGAGAAAUGCACUUACUACUUCAAAAUCGCGGUCGCUCUCGCCGUAGCCGCGAUUCCUGAGGGCUUACCCGCUGUGAUCACGACGUGUUUGGCUCUAGGGACGAGGAAAAUGGCGCAGAAGAAUGCUAUAGUGAGGAAGCUGCCGAGUGUGGAGACACUCGGCUGCACGACCGUGAUCUGUUCAGACAAAACCGGGACUUUGACAACGAACCAGAUGUCUGCGACCGAGUUCUUCACUCUCGGCGGUAAAACGACGAUUACUCGAGUGUUUUCGGUUGAUGGUACGACUUAUGAUCCAAAAGACGGUGGAAUUGUGGAUUGGGGUUGUUACAAUAUGGAUGCUAACUUGCAAGCUGUUGCUGAGAUUUGUUCCAUUUGUAAUGACGCUGGAGUGUUUUACGAAGGAAAGUUGUUUAGAGCAACUGGCUUGCCUACAGAAGCAGCCUUGAAGGUUCUUGUUGAGAAGAUGGGUCUCCCGGAGAACAAGAACGGUGAGAUUAUCCAAGAAGCUUCAAACUUUUCCGACAACAAUGGCAGCUCUGUCAAGCUAGGUUGUUGUGAUUGGUGGAGCAAAAGAUCGAAGAAGGUAGCGACAUUGGAGUUUGAUCGUGUCCGUAAGUCAAUGAGUGUUAUCGUUUGCGAGCCGAGCGGACAAAACAGGCUUCUCGUGAAGGGAGCAGCUGAGAGCAUACUUGAGAGAAGUUCACAUACACAGCUUGCUGAUGGAUCUCUUGUGGCUUUAGAUGAAGCUUGUAGAGACGUGAUCCUCAAGAAACAUUCUGAAAUGACUUCAAAAGGGUUAAGAUGUUUAGGGUUAGCUUACAAAGACGAAUUAGGAGAGUUUUCGGAUUACACUUCCGAAGAACAUCCUUCGCACAAGAAGCUUUUAGAUCCUUCUUGCUACUCAAGCAUCGAAACAGACCUAAUCUUUGUUGGAGUCGUUGGUCUCAGAGAUCCUCCGCGUGAAGAAGUUGGAAGUGCGAUUGAAGAUUGCAGAGAAGCUGGAAUCAGAGUGAUGGUGAUAACCGGAGAUAAUAAGUCAACGGCUGAGGCUAUUUGCUGUGAGAUUAGAUUGUUUUCGGAGAGUGAUGAUCUUUCGGAGAGUAGCUUCACCGGUAGAGAGUUUAUGUCUCUUCCUGCUUCACGGAGAAUCGAGAUUCUGUCGAAACCUGGAGGGAAAGUGUUUUCUCGAGCUGAGCCGAGGCAUAAGCAAGAAAUCGUUAGGAUGCUUAAGGAAAUGGGAGAAAUCGUUGCCAUGACAGGUGAUGGUGUGAAUGAUGCUCCUGCUUUGAAACUCGCUGAUAUUGGAAUCGCCAUGGGAAUCACUGGAACAGAGGUUGCGAAAGAAGCUUCAGAUAUGGUUCUUGCAGAUGAUAAUUUCAGUACUAUUGUCUCUGCUGUAGCUGAAGGUCGGUCCAUUUACAACAACAUGAAAGCUUUUAUCAGGUAUAUGAUAUCAUCAAACGUUGGAGAAGUAAUCUCAAUCUUCUUAACCGCGGCAUUGGGGAUACCGGAAUGUAUGAUUCCGGUUCAGCUUCUUUGGGUUAAUCUCGUAACUGAUGGUCCUCCAGCUACAGCGUUAGGGUUUAAUCCAGCUGAUAUUGAUAUCAUGAAGAAACCACCGCGCAAGAGCGAUGAUUCUCUAAUCGAUUCGUGGGUUCUCAUUCGAUAUCUUGUGAUUGGUUCUUACGUUGGAGUUGCCACUGUUGGCGUCUUUGUCUUGUGGUACACGCAAGCUUCUUUCCUAGGGAUUAGCCUGAUCACAGACGGACACACAUUGGUCAGCUUCACUGAGCUUCAGAAUUGGUCUGAAUGUUCUUCUUGGGGAUCGAAUUUCACAGCGACUCCUUACACAGUCUCUGGCGGGUUAAGGACGAUCUCGUUUGAGAACAAUCCUUGUGAUUACUUCACGUUAGGGAAAGUCAAGCCGAUGACUCUGUCUCUCUCUGUUCUUGUGGCGAUUGAGAUGUUUAACUCGUUGAACGCUUUGUCUGAAGACAACAGUCUUUUGACGAUGCCACCGUGGAGAAACCCUUGGCUGCUUGUGGCUAUGAGUGUCUCCUUUGGGCUUCACUGUGUCAUCCUCUAUGUUCCUUUCUUGGCUAAUGUGUUUGGGAUUGUGCCUUUGAGUUUCAGGGAAUGGUUUGUGGUUAUUCUUGUUUCUUUCCCUGUGAUUCUUAUCGAUGAAGCUCUUAAGUUCAUUGGGAGAUCCAGAAGAAGAAGAAGCAAGAAGAAGAAGAUCAAGACAAUGUAA